AUUGUUUAAAUGUAGCGCCGUAGAAUUGAUCGAAAAAGCAUAGUAAUCGAACACACCCUCGAUUUUGCACGUCAGUGACGUCCUCAUUCGUCGCCCUUAUUAGUUCGUAUAUCUGCCACGUUGAAAAGUACGUCGCUUCCGUCGCUCACUCUGCCACGUAAUGUUGUGUGUGCCGUUUAUAAGUUGCGUUUGUGAAAAGAUUUACGUAAAAUUAAUUGUAAUGUUUGCAAUGUGCGGCCGUGUAAUCGAGAAGAUAUAAGAUCGGUCGAUCUUUUUUGUGAGAACCACAUCGAGGAGUGAUUUCUAAAGAAAGAACAACAUGUCUCACCCAGAUGGUUAUCAGUAUCAGUCAUAUGUAGAUCCUAAUAAUUCCUUAAAAAGUGAACGGCUACCGAUAGUAAAUGGUCAAUCUACUGUUAAUCAGCAUAUACAAAACGGCAUGCAAUCACCACAUUCUAAUCUAACUGGUACACCAUCAUCACAAUCAUCUCGUGAUCCAUCAAGAGAAACAUCGAGAGAUCCAUCUCCAACUCAAUAUUUACAUAAUCAAUAUAGACCACAAUUACCAAGACCUCCUAUGCCACCAAUUAAUGGACAGCAAAAUAUGCAUCUGAAUGUUAGGCCUUCUUUACCAACUCAAACGCAAACACAACAAUAUAAUCCUGCCACAAUUCCUUACUCCCAUAACCAAUUCAAUCCUAGUGCCACAAAUAUUGCUUCUUUAAAUAGCGCAGGCAAUGUCUCUUCUGCAUUUGUUAGUUUGUCUUCAAAUGUACAAGAAAGUCAAAAUAUUAAUUCACAUAAUAUGCCUUCUAUAUCUCAAGUCUCACCAACAAAUUCAAGUCAUAAUACAUUACUAGAAUCAGAUGUUAAAAGAGGAACUGCUAAUUUCCCUUCCACUGAAUUGUCUAAUGAACUUUAUCAAAAGAUACCUACUUGUCAGUCUACAGGCCUAUCAAGUAAUACAGGCAAUGUACCUGCAGUAUCUGAAAACUUUGAUAAUGCAAGUCAAAAGUCUUCUAUUAUGCAAAAUCCACCUGGACACUCUCUGGGACAAUCUAGCAUGAAUGUAUCUUCAUUUAAUCAGAGUGCUCAGAAUGAAUCUUUGAAUAUACCUACUCAAACCACUACUCAAACUGAAGAUGUUAUACCAAAACUUAUAAAUCCUAGCCAUUCUCCUCAAAUGAUAAAUCAAUGCAAUCCUAAUUCAACAGUUUUGAGAAAUACACCUAAAAAUGUUAAUUCUGAGAAACAGCUUAUAAAUUUUGCAUCUCCUCAAAAUUUGCAGAGUUAUUUGUCCCAGCCUAAAUAUGGAAGUCAGCAAAAUAUUUUCAACAGUCCACAAAAUGUACAAGGCAAUCCACAAAAUGUGCCAUCAUUCGUGCAUAAUUCUAGUGCUAGUACACAAAACUUAUUUGUUAAACAACAGCAAACUCAGCCUACUCUUCAUAGUUCAAAUAUACCUGUAUCAAGAAAUAUUACAGGAGUUCAAGAUAAUUUACCACAACAAUCAAGAGUACAGUCUCUACAUUCAUUACAGUCAACAGUUCAAAAUCAAACAUUUGGCAGUCAAGAUUCACUUGGACAAGAAUCAAAUUCUCAACUAAGUCAUAAUAUGUAUGGUAGUCAACCAAAUUUAAUUACCCAAAGAAAUUAUGCACAAAAUUAUUAUGGAAAACAAAUGUCAUUAAACACUGCCAAUACCUCGAGCUCUGCAAUGUCACUUUCAAGAUUUAGUGAACCUUCUAAUAAUCCUGGUCUAUCCUCGAGACAGCUAGUAACUAUGCUACCACCAGGACAGCAUGUGUUACAAACUGGUAAAUAUGACACACAAUCACCAUAUUCUGGACAAUUAUCUAAUAUUCCUUUAGAUCCUAUGUCUAUAAGAUACCCUGGAUCAUAUCCUGAUCAUAUGAAUCAACUAAAUAGGCAGAUGAAUACAAUGUCAGUUACACAGGCUGGUUACAAUAAAAUAUGGGGUGUUGAUUCCAUUGAUUUACUACAGUCUAGAAAUAUUUUACCUCCUGAAAAGAUAGAACCACCAAAAGUUAAAUUACAUCAAGAAUUUUUGGAUAGUGUUAAUUGUAAUCCAGAUAUAUUUAGAUGUACAUUGACAAAAAUCCCUGAGUCUAAUUCAUUGUUGCAAAAGUCAAGAUUACCCUUUGGGAUUUUAAUACAUCCUUUCAAAGAUUUAAACCAAUUACCUGUAAUUCAGUGUACCACAAUUGUACGUUGUCGUAUUUGCAGAACAUAUAUCAAUCCAUUUGUGUAUUUUGUUGAUUCUAAGAGAUGGAAAUGUAAUUUAUGUUAUAGAGUGAAUGACCUUCCAGGAGAGUUUCAAUUUGAUCCAGUAACUCAGUCUUUUGGGGACCCAUCCAGAAGGCCAGAAGUCAAAACAAGCACUAUUGAAUAUAUUGCACCUAGUGAAUAUAUGCUCCGUCCCCCGCAACCAGCAGUUUAUCUUUUUAUACUGGAUGUUUCAAGGCUUGCAGUGGAAAGUGGUUAUCUCACUGUAGUAUGUAACAUAAUAAUUGAUGAAUUAUCAAGAUUACCAGGUGAUGGAAGGACACAAAUUGGAUUUUUGGCAGUAGAUUCAACAAUACACUUUUUCAGUAUGCCUGACAAUGUAUCACAGCCUCAUGAAAUGGUUAUGCUAGAUGUGGAUGAUGUUUUUCUUCCAUGCCCAGACAAUUUAAUUGUUAAUCUUAAAGAACGUGAAGAGUUAAUAAAAGAUUUGUUAGCCCAAUUGCCAACUAAAUUUCAGGGUACUCAUGAUACAAAUAGUGCAUUAGGAGCUGCUUUGCAAGUAGCAUAUAAAUUGAUGUUACCUACUGGAGGAAGAAUGACCGUAUUUCAAACAUGUUUACCAAACUUGGGACCUGGUGCUCUACAAGCAAGAGAAGAUCCAAAUGUUCGAGCUAGUAAAGAUGUGCCUCAUUUAAAUCCAGCAACUGAUUUUUAUAAAAGAUUAGCAUUAGAUUGCAGUGGGCAACAGAUUGCUGUUGAUCUGUUUUUAUUAAAUAGUCAAUAUAGUGAUUUGGCAACGCUUUCUGGUAUGUGCAAAUUUUCUGGUGGUUGUAUAUUUCAUUUACCACUGUUUCGUUCGUCUAAGCUUCAACAUAGGGAAUCAUUAGAGCGACUAUUACGACGUUAUCUAACUCGAAAGAUAGGAUUUGAAGCUGUAAUGAGAGUACGUUGUACACGUGGUCUUAGUAUUCACGCUUUCCACGGCAAUUUCUUCGUUCGCUCUACCGAUUUACUAAGUUUGCCGAAUGUAAAUCCGGAUUCUGGAUUUGGAAUGCAAAUUUCAAUCGAGGAGAGUCUUACUGAAACUCAAAACGUCUGUUUCCAAGCAGCACUAUUGUAUACAUCAAGUAAAGGCGAAAGAAGAAUUCGAGUGCAUACAUUAUGCUUACCAGUGGUUUCCAGUUUGAUAGAUAUCCUUCAUUCGGCGGAUCAACAAUGUAUAAUAGGAUUAUUAUCGAAAAUGGCUGUGGACAGAUCACAACAGUCUUCAUUGUCAGAUGCAAGGGAUGCAUUGAUAAACGUAGCAAUUGAUGUUCUAUCUGCUUACAAGUUGUCCCAGUCUAUUGGGGAAAGUGGACUUUUGGCUCCAAACAGUCUCAAGUUAUUACCUUUAUACAUUAUUGCUUUGCUUAAAUGCAUCGCUUUUAGAUCAGGUACAAGCACGCGAUUAGAUGAUCGAGUAUUUGCAAUGUGCCAGUUAAAAACUUUACCACUUUUACAACUUAUACAAAUGAUAUAUCCAGAUCUUUAUCCUGUACACAUGCUUGACGAUCACAACUCAGUGAAUAUAAGUGGCAAAAUUUGCCCACAACCUCCUAGGUUACAUCUGUCUGCUGAGAAACUAGAUUCAAGAGGUGCAUUCUUAAUGGAUGCUGGAGAUAAAAUAUUUAUAUAUGUGGGGAAAAAUGUUCACCCAUUGUUUUGUUGUAAUGUACUUGGUGUUUCAGCAUUUUCCGCUAUACCAGAAGAAUUUUACCAGUUACCCGAACUUGAUACUGUAGAGAACAAGAGACUUCGCCAUUUUGUAUUUAGUCUGCAAGAAGAAAAAUCAUGUUAUGCAUCUGUGCAAAUUAUUCGAGAUGACAGUCAUUUCAGGACAUUAUUUGUGGAACAGUUAGUAGAGGACAGAUUCGAAUCAGCCCUUAGUUAUUAUGAAUUCUUGCAGCAUUUAAAAACUCAAGUGAAGUAGUGGAUAAUUUGAAUAAUAAGUGAAUAUGAAAGAGUUGUAUCAAAUAAUUUCUAUUUCUUCAUAAAUGUAUUAUGGAAGAAUCGCGAAAAUAUUGUUAUUGACACAGUGAAAGUGCAAAUCGUAAGUGGCAAACUGUGCUCAGGAACAGGAUGUGAUUUUCCUUAUCAAGUAUCACCUACAUUUUUCAUUCAGAUAGCACGGUAACGCGUAAGUGUUCCAGUUUGCUGUUGCAUAGUAAACAGACGAUAAUUAUAAACGACAUGUCAUACAAAAAAGUAAUCGUAGCCUUGUUAAAAAAAAAACACGUUGAAGCAUUUAAAUGUAAUAGAUUGUAAUUAUUAUUACUAUCCAUAUUCUUACAAUGUAUCAAUUGAAAUAUCAUAGAUCCAAAUAUCAUGUACGUCACGUAAAUUUAUGUUAUAUCGGAUACCUAGUAUGUCUUACGCAUUGCUUUUUCCAUUUUUAUUAUCUUUCAAUUCAUAUAUAAGUAUUUUUAAUACAAUAACCAAACAUGUUCUGAUGAAUUUUGCAGGUUUCAUUUUUUGCUAUAUACACGCUUUAAUGGAAGAUCUUAAUUUGUUGUUGUUGUUAUUAAUUUUUAAGGGAAACGUUCUAGCCAUCUGUUUUUAUCUUAUGUGAUUGGAUUGUUAAUCCGUUAUUUUGGCAUGGCAGUUAAUACAUAUAGCGAAGUAAGAAAAUUUAUAUAUAAGUUUUACUAUAAUUCCAUUAGAUUUAUUGAGAUUUUUGUGAAUUUAUAAAUAUUGGUAUCGUGUUAUUUUAAUCUUAUGUUUACAAUGGCAUCUACAAGUUAAACAUAACAUUUUUCAGGUUAUAUACUCAUUAUUUGCAUUGAUCAAUUAAAAUUUUGAAAAGAAUGUAAAGUUAAUAUACAGAGAAUUGUGUGUGUGUUUUUUUUUUUCUUGAUAUAAUACAUUCAUACGAAAAUGUAAAAUAUAAUAACGAAAUAAUCAUUACAUAUAAAUGAUUAAAUGAUUCUUAUGAGUGUCUUGCAUAUGAAGUGCAUCAAUGCAAAUUAAACAAGUAUAGUUUGUUAGAUGCUCAAAUAAAACUAUGAAUAAUAUGUAUGUAAAA